AUGGACAUGGACGUGGACGUGGACGUGGACGUGGACGUGGACGUGGACGUGGACGUGGACGUGGACAUGGACGUGGACAUGGACGUGGACGUGGACGUGGAGGUGGACGUGGACGUAGACGUGGACGUGGACGUAGACGUGGACGUGGAUGUGGACAUGGACGUGGACGUGGACGUGGACGUGGAGGACGUGGACGUGGACGUGGACGUGGACGUGGAGAACUUGGACGUGGACAUGGACGUGAACGUGGACGUGGACGUGGACGUGGAGGACUUGGACGUGGACAUGGACGUGGACGUGGAGUGGACGUGGACGUGGACGUGGACUGGACGUGGAGUGGACGUGGACGUGGACGUGGACGUGGACGUGGACGUGGAUGUGGACGUGGACGUGGACGUGGAGGACGUGGACGUGGACGUGGACGUGGACGUGGAGAACUUGGACGUGGACAUGGACAUGAACGUGGACGUGGACGUGGACGUGGAGGACUUGGACGUGGACAUGGACGUGGACGUGGACGUGGACAUGGACGUGGACGUGGACGUGGACGUGGACAUGGACCUGGACGUGGACGUGGACGUGGACGUGGACGUGGACAUGGACGUGGACGUGGACAUGGUCGUGGACGUGGACGUGGACGUGGACGUAGAUGUGGACAUGGACGUGGACGUGAACAAGACGUGGACGUGGACGUGGACGUGGAGGUGGACGUGGAGUGGACGUGGACGUGGACGUGGACGUGGACGUGGACAUGGUCGUGGACGUGGACGUGGACGUGGACGUGGAUGUGGACGUGGACGUGGACGUGGACGUGAACAAGACGUGGACGUAAACAUGGACAUGGACAUGGACGUGGACGUAGACGUGGACGUGGACGUGGACGUGGACGUGGACGUGGAGAACUUGGACGUGGACAUGGACGUGAACGUGGACCUGGACGUGGACAUGGACGUGGACGUGGACGUGGACGUGGACGUGGACGUGUACGUGGAGGUGGACGUGGACGUGGAGGUGGACCUGGAGUAG